AUGUUGACAUUAAGCACUAGGGCAGCCUUUUUGCCUGCAAGUUUUUUUUGUCGCUCUAAAAGGAUAUACUCGUCGUUUUCUCGGCGGGAUCUGGAUUCAUUCAAUGUUGAAGGGCAGUCUACGACUAACGCUGGGUCUGAACCUCGGUUCGGUCAUGUUGUAGCUGAUGAACGAAACGAGCCAGGCUCUGUAGUUUCAAGAGAAGAAAUGCUGCAGAGGCAGUCACCAAGUCCAUUUCGUAACAACUCUGGUGAGCCUCUGCAAGGCGCAAAUGCCAAAGAAUCAAGACUUCUACCAGAGGCUUUGAAAGGACGGGCUCCCAGAGACCAGAUUCAACUCAAUCCUAGUGUUUCGGAAGCAAUCAGGAACAAUAUUUUGAGUUUACACAUUCCUGGUAAUUUGAGAAGAUCGGCUGGUAACAAGUUCGUUGAACUAAAGCAAAGUAGGCUACAUCGGUUGACACGAACAAAAAUGGAAGUUGAUGCUCACGUUGCUUCCAUAUUCUUACAAAACUACGGUUCGAUUUUUCAGAGUUUAAGCGAGUUAAGCAAACGGCUAGGGAACAAGUUCUGUCCCGAUCGUGUUUUAGAUGUUGGCUAUGGUCCUGCCACUGGUAUUGUGGCAUUGAAUGAUUUGUUGGGCGAUGAAUAUCGUCCCAGCGUGAAGGAAGCAGUUAUUUUAGGACACGCUGAAAUGCAGAAAAGAGCAAAGAUUAUAUUAAGUCGACAGCUCAAUGAGGUUCCAGACAAGACUCCCACUGACGCCGAAGAAACAUCUCACGCAGACCAGAUUGAUGACCGCGAUGAUUUAGUAGGAGAGGUGAUGACCAAGAAAAUCAAUAUUAGAACGAAACUGCGGGAUCAAGUUCCAGGCUCUCAGCAAUACGAUUUGAUAAUAGUAACGCAUCAACUACUGAAAACAGAAGAGAAAUUCCCCAUUGAAGUCGACAGCAAUAUUGAACACUUUUUAAAACUUCUUGCUCCUGGUGGGCAUAUUAUUGUUAUAGAGCGUGGUAAUCCAAUGGGGUUUGAAAGUAUUGCAAGAGCUAGGCAGGUAGCAAUACGGCCAGAGAAUUUCCCCGACGAGCAUGGGAAGAUACCAAGGCCCUGGGGUAAGGGUUACUCGGAGCAGAAAGAUUCUGUCAGCAAUAAAACAUCUAAAGUGUCAAGUAUUGAGCUUCACCAAGAAGUAAACGACAAAUCCCUAGAUAGCAAGGCAGAAGAUUUGGAAUUUGAAGAUGAACCAAUGGAUGCGGUGAAUUCGCAAACUAAGAUUGAAAACUAUCAUCUUAAAGUAAUUGCGCCUUGUCCUCAUCACCGUAAGUGUCCAUUGCAAAUUGGAAAACCUCAAUAUUAUGAGUACGGAGAAGGAAAAGACCUUAAAUUCUGUAACUUUCAAAAGUCUGUUUUGAGGCCGAAAUAUGCAAUAGAAUUGAAAAAGGGAAGGACGUUGGCGACUCCUUGGCAGAAUAACCUAGAGCCGGUUGGAAUAAAGGGCAUGGCCAAACCAGGUACUGGUAGACCCCAAGGGAGAAACUUCGAAGUUUUGAAUUAUUCUUACUUGAUAAUGGAAAGGUCGCCAACCGACUCGAAGACUAUUGAGCAAAUAGCACAAGAAAGGCUUGAACAAAGAGGGGAGUUCAAAGUCGGUUCGUUAGGAGACAAUACUCCAAACACUUGGCCAAGGAUUAUAAAGCAACCUCUGAAACGGAAGGGGCAUGUGGUGAUGGAUUUAUGUGGAGCUUCUGGGUCGAUUGAAAAAUGGACCGUACCAAAAUCUUUCUCUAAAGAAAUCUACCAUGAUGCUAGAAAGGCGAUGAAGGGGGACUUAUGGGGACUUGACGCCAAAACUAAGACAGCAGGGAUGGGGGGAUUGAACGUAACAAAAUUGGAGCAAGUGGAGCAAGAAAAGAUUCGUGAAGCAAGGCGACAACUGAAACGUAAAGACCGAGAACUGAAGCAAGCAGUAAACGAAUUAGAUUAUGGCCACCCCGUAUCCUCGGAAGAAGGUGUUGACGUAUUGGCUGCCAUGUAUGGAAGUGAAUUUGACAGGCAAAAGAAGGAAUAG